AUGAUGUCGUCGGUGCUGGCGAGUCAGCCUUCUUCGUCUUCUUCUUCGUCGGUGCUGGCGAGUCAGCUCUUCUUCGUCGUUGUCGUGGUUGUCGUGGUUGUUGUCGUAAUUGUUGUCCACCUUCCUCAGGCCGCAUGCCCAACAAGUUUGUCGUCGUCGUUGUUGUCGUUGUUGUUGUCGCCGUUGCUGGUGAGUCAGCUCUUCUUCGUCUUCUUCUUCGUCGGUGCUGGUGAGUCAGCUCUUCUUCGUCUUCUUCUUCGUCGGUGCUGGUGA